AUUUAUUAAAAUGAAUCCAAAUACUCCUUUCAAUGAACGCUUUCAUAAAAUUUAAGAGAAACUAAAUUAAAUUCCAUUAUAACAUGAUUAAUCAAAAGCUCAUAGAAUAGAUACAAUAUGUGGAAGAAUAUCAGGAAUUGAAGAAAGAACUUAAGAUACAAUAACAUAAUAUAAUAGAAAGCUAGUAUGAGAAUAUAAAAUAGAAAUUAGUAUUAAUUGAAAGAUGAGAUAGUUCGUUUAUAAAAAUAAAUAGAGGAAGAGAAUAAUGCAUUUGAAACUUAAUUUGAAUAAAGAGUUAGAGAGAUUGCAGCAUUUGAGAGUCGUAUUACAACAAAAUUAGAAUAAGAAAUAGCAAUAAGAAGAGAUGGAAAUUUAAAGUUACAUGGAUAUUUAGAUGAAAAGGUUUAAUAAUAAUAAAUAUAUUAAUAGGUUGUAUAUUUAAAAUCAGAUACUUAAACUGAAAGCAAAAUAAGAUAAGAAUAAAUAGAGAAUAUUACUACAUCUUUAGAAAAUGAUCUACCAAAAUUAUAUGAGAUGGUAAAAAGUGAAGGAUAAGAUAGAGAAGAUAAUGAUAAUGGAACAUUAAAAAGAGCAGGAGAUGAAAUACGUCGUUUAAAUGAAGGGUUAGCAAAUCAAAAGAAAUUAAGGUAUUUAUAAUUAAAGAAAUACAUAAUUUUAGAGAAGAAUCAGAAACUGCUAUUUUUGAAAUGCUAAAAGAUUUAGUCUCAAGAGUUAAGAAUGAAAUAGAAGAGUAAAAGAAACUUAGAGAAGAAUCUUAAGAAUCUCUAUUAGCUUUAUUAGAAGAUGCAGCAAAUAAAAUAUAUAGAGCAGCCAAAGAUUGAUG